UUGACCGGCUUAUUCCAGUAGCAGGCCGGGAGCAGAUGCAGAACUUCUCCCACCUGUUCAGCAACCACUCCCGCAAGAAUUUCAACGAUGGCCACCUGUGGUUCUCCAUCAUCGCCCGUCCUCCAGGGAGUCGAUUCACCCGGUUCCAGAGGGCUGCAUGCUGUCUGAUGUUCCUUUGGUUGGAGAUGCUUGUGAACAUCAUGUUUUACAAGGUUACCCCACCUCCUGCUGCCACCAGCCCCAUUGAAAUAGGCCCAUUGAGUCUCUCUCCUGCUCAGAUAAGCAUUGGAAUCCAAGCCAACCUCAUAGUUUUCCCAGUAUCUCUUCUUGUCGUCCAAUUCUUCCGGAAAUCCCGUCCCAGAAAGAUGAGAGAGUCUCGCAUCAAGCUAGCUGCAUUGGUCAACAAGCCUGUUCGGAAACUGAAGCGCCGACCUCGCAAGACAGCACCAGCGGAUUACUCCAAGUUGGAAGACUUUGCAUCACCGAGCAGAAUCGUCCUUGAGGAAAGCAGUAAGCCGGCGAUGAUGAUGAACCCAACAGCAGGUACUAGGGCUGAACCUAGUCUGGUCGUCCCACCCAUCCCCGGUACCUACGACGAGAGUGUGGCCCAAGGCGGUAGAGGCGCGGGUUACUUUGGUGGGGAUUCAUCCCCGACUCCGCAAGGGACAGGAGAUGCAACAGUCUUGAUCCAACCGGAAAAACCGAAACGACGCAAGAAGUUUUCUUUUCCUUGGUGGUUUGUCAUUAUUGCUUGGAUUGUGUUAAUCUUAACUCUGGCGGCAGCUACCACCUUUACAGUGUUCUAUGGCAUCCAGUUCGGCAAUAAGGAAGCUAGUGAAUGGCUCUGCUCAAUUGUUGUUUCCUUUGUCUUUGGAAUCUUCCUCACACAACCCAUUAAGAUUCUUCUGGUUGCGACCUUCAUUGCCUGUAUUAUCAAAAGCCCUAAUGCCGAUGAGGAUACCGAGAUGGAAGAGGAUGAAGAGGAAUUUGAUCUCAGACCUGAUGAAGAGUACCUCCACACAGUCUCUGGUACUGUGUCAAGAAAGAAGCGUAAACUGCCCUACAAGCCACCUGAUCCAGAGGCGUUGGAAAGAGCCAGAGAACAACGUCUCAAGGAGAUUAAGAUGUAUUCCAUCUUCAGGGAGAUCUUCUUCUACGUGGUGUAUCUGUGGGUGGUUCUUGUCAUCAGCUAUGGCAAUUCUGAUCCUUCAGCUUACCGAAUGCAAGAAGACUUCUUCAACGAGCUUGUAAUUGGUCCUGAUUCAGUUCAUUCCUUUACCAAGAUCAACAGUCAUACAUCUUUCUGGGCCUACCUUCACACCACCCUUGUACCGACAAUAUUCCCCCUAACCUGGUAUAAUGGUGAUCCAAGUCCAGAACUGGAAGGAUUUCUUGCAGACCAGAAUGCUUUAAUCCUCGGUUAUCCUGUACUACGACAGGUUCGCGUCAAAAGGGGAGAGUGUGAAGUGGUAUCUGAAUUCACAGACAUAGUACCGGAGUGUAAUGUUGCCUACUCCGUAACGGAUUCAGAUGAAGAAAACUAUGGGCCCGGAUGGACACCGUACAAUCCAAACAUAACAGACAGACCGCAAUAUAACUACACAGCAUGGGAUGACAUAGAAAGUUACCCAGUACUUGGUCGUCAUGCCCUCUACUCUGGAGGUGGGUAUCUUGCCAAACUUCAGGGGAAUAAGACCGACGUUGAAGCUCUCCUGGAUCAGCUGUACCAGGAGGCCUGGCUCGAUAGAUACACACGGGGAGUGUUUGUAGAGAUUGCUUUGUACAAUAGUCAGGUGGAUCUAUUUGGGGUUGUCAGUCUGUUGGCGGAGUUCCUGCCCACUGGUGGCGUAGAACCUUUCUAUCGUAUCGAUAUAAUUCGUCUUUACACCUACGCUCAAGGUUUUGGGGCUGUUCGUCUUGCUUGUGAGAUCCUCUUCCUCGGAUUUAUUGUGUUCUUUAUUGUUCGUGAAAUCAACAACCUGAGACGGGAGGGGGUUAAAAAAUACUUCAAGACCUUCUGGAACCUGGCUGAAUGGAUCAUCAUUGCUUGUGCUAUCGGAGCAACAGUUGUCUAUUUCUAUCGCAAAUAUGUCACAGCCAACCUCCUUGAGGAAUUCAAGGCAACCCAUGGGACAGAGAGGAUCAACCUUCAGUAUGUUGCCUACUGGAAUGAAUUACUUACAUACCUCUUAGGUGUUGUGGUCUUUAUCGGCAACCUGAAGUUCAUCAAACUUCUUCGCUUCAACAAACGCAUCGGGAUCCUGUCGAGCACCAUUCAAAGCUGCACAAAAGAUCUGAUCCACUUUGGUAUCAUGUUUGGAAUCUUCUUCAUCGCUUACGCACUCGCCUUUCACCAGAUGUACCUCCGCCAUCUCCUUGAUUUCUCUGACUUCAUCUUUACCAUGGAAACACUUUCUGCUGCCAUGUUAGGCAAAUUCCACUAUGCUGGUAUUGCUGAAACAAAUCGGAUCCUUGGCCCCAUCUUCUUCUUUUUCUUCAUGAUCACCAUCACGUUCAUACUUGUCAACAUGUUCCUGACCAUCGUAAUUGAGGCGUUCUCUUCAGUGAAACGAGACAUCACCCGCCAGUCCAACGACUAUGAGAUGGUCGACUUCAUGAUCGGUCAGCUAAAGAAAUGGGUGGGAUGGAACAACAAGACCAAGCCAGAAGACAAGAAGACCAACCCUGUGACAGAGAUGGACAACCAUGAUCCUAUGACAGAGUUCCCUGACAAGGUUGACCAACUCCUUGACUGCAUUGCCAAGGUUUACUUCGAUGCCUCCCAAUUUGAAGACGUCAUCCGCGGGAUGGGUGGGUCAAAGGGGGAGAAUACCAACACCACCAAGAAACGACCAGUUAAAAUUGCUUUGACAGGAUAAUUUGUACGCACAGCUGUUGUUUUAAAAAAAAUGCCAAAUUAAUUAAAUGAAUGAUAUAAAAUUCAACUUUAAUUCAAACUGCAUAUUGUGACAAAUCAUGUACAAAAAUUUUGUACAAAGUAAACAAUGAAAAAUAUUGGUGGACUAUCUUUCUCAUACUUAUGACCGACAUUUAAGUACAAGAUAUCAACCAUGAUUCAGAAGUAGAAAUAUUCACUCACACAAAAUAUAUAAAUAAUCGAUCAUCACUCUUAAUUGCUCCCGUCCUCUGUACAUAAAUGCUCUGCUGAGUGCAAUGCCCGUAAAUGCCAUCCAUAUGUACAAAUGGUAUUGUUUAUUAUUGUGAUUCCUAAUAGAUUAAUUUUGCUGUGAAUUAAUAAUUUAGUGAAGG